AGCACGCGCGCGUUAUCAUGCAUCUUUCUGUAAUAUCACCAGAAAACUCGUAACAAAGAUGGCAGCCGGAUGUGAGGAAAGGAUAUUCUGUGAACUAUAAAAAGCACAAUAAAAUGGCUUACUUUUCAUAGUAUGGACAAAUCUAAUUGAUGAAGGUAACAGUUAGUUAGAGAUGUCAAUGCCCCCCGUGCCUACAGUUGACUGUGGCUCUAUUAAUCACGUGGUAUGAUACUGAUACAAGACGAUAUUUGGACCCGUAGACACAUGAAAAAAGAAACAACCACUAUGACGUGGAUAAUGCGUAAAAUACGUCGACGAUUUCUACUUGUUGUUGUUGUUAUAUUAAUGGCUGGAUUAUUGACAUUUGAAUACACUCGUACUUUAAAGAUAUCCCAUGAAAAUUCAGAUAACAAAGUGAGUCAGAACAGCACAGCAUCUGGUCUAUUUCUAGUAGAUAUGCCAUUUUGUAAAAUUCCCAAAGUAGACCCAUAUGAUCCGACGAUUCGUCAUAUUGUUAGAAAGAUAGGACGUCGGCGUUGUCCACAGAAUACGUCUUUGACCUACCAAAGCGGCACCCACCUCAAUAUCAAUCUGACAGCAGCUAUGUUACCGCCGUUCAACGGCAACGUCGUGUAUUGUGCUUACACUCCAAUAUAUCGUCCUGUGUUCGAGUCAACAAAUAACAACUACUUACGUUACCUGGAGGAAAGAGAACCAUUUAAUGAAUCAAUCAUGGUCGACCACGAGUUUGUCAUAGUGAAUUGUUAUAACGAUAAAGACAAAAGCAUCUACACUAAUUUUCACGCUUUUAUCCUGCCGAACAGAACUCUUGAUAAAAUUUAUAAGACAAAGUUAAUAAACCAUGUCAUGAAGGAAAAAGUGACAGAACGUUUAAACGUUAUGAUGAUAGGCAUGGAUUCUGUUUCAAGACUCAGUUUUAUACGACAGAUGGUGAAAACAAAACAAUUUUUGGAGGAAGAAUUAGGAGCGUUUGAUAUGAUGGGCUAUAAUAAAGUAGCUGAUAACACUUUUAUAAACAUUGUCCCGAUGACUCUCGGGAAAUUCGCACAGGAAAUGCCGUGGGAUGAAAGUCAGACGUCACAAACGUUUGACCAUUUUGACUUUGCUUGGAAACAAUAUCGAGAUAGAGGUUAUAGAACAUUUUAUGCAGAAGACGCGCCGGACAUAGCUAUUUUUGACUUUUUGAAAGCGGGAUUUAAUACGCCACCUGCCGACCAUUUCAAUAGACCAAUCAGCAUUGCCAUGGAACUAAAAGAAAAUCUUUGGGUUAACAAUCACCAUUGCUUUCAAAAUAGAUUAGAAACAGAAAUAGUUUUAAAAUACUUGUAUGACUUUGCAGAUACUUACAAGAAUGAUCCAUAUUUUGCGUUUACUUUUAUUACACGGUUAUCACAUGAUGACGUCAACAGCGCUGGUGCUGCAGACGAACCAUAUUUUAACUUCUUCAGGCGUCUGUAUGACAGUGAUCUUCUACAAAGUACUAUAGUGUUCUUUUUCAGUGAUCAUGGUAUGAGGUUUGGUAAAAUAAGGGAAACUUACAUUGGUAAAUUGGAAGAAAGACUUCCAUUUAUGUACGUCAUAAUUCCAAAAUGGCUCCAAGAAUCGUAUCCUUUCAUUUCCGAAACUUUGAAAAUUAAUCAGAAUCGACUGUCUACGCCAUUUGAUGUGUACGAAACUUUACAAGACAUUUUGUACUUCAAUGGCGAGUUGAAAACAGCAGACGAAACUUCGCGUGGCGUUAGUUUCUUCCGUGAGAUCCCGAUAACGCGGUCAUGUGACAAAGCUGGGAUACUUCCACACUGGUGCACGUGUUUACAUCAUGAAAAGCUACAGACUAGUGAAGAUGUUGUUGUAAAAGCUAGUUUUGUACUUCUGUCUGAAAUAUUAAACGAAUUAAGAAAUUAUAAAUCGAUAUGUGAAAAUCUAUCGUUACAUCAUAUCAGAGAAGCUGUUAGGCUGGUAGAAUCAAAUGAUGUUUUAAAAUUUGUAAGUGACAAGAAAAAGAAAGAGUUCGCAGAAAGCGAGAUCGGAAAUAAGUUGAUUGAAGAUAUUCAGGUUGUCAUAGAAACAGUUCCUGGAAAUGCGCUGUUUGAAGCUACAGUAAGGCUAGAUACAUUCCACGAUAGUUUCAAGGUUAUAGGGGAUAUAAGCCGUAUAAAUAUAUACGGUCAUCAGUCAGACUGUAUAGAUGUCUUCAAACUGAAGAAAUAUUGUCAAUGUAAAUAUGAUUAAAGCUUAAUAAGAUGUAAUUUCCACUGGGAUAUAAACAUGUGCCAAUAAAAAAUACCGAUGUUUUUACACUAAAAAUCAUGUAUAUUAUUUGCUUAUCCAAUCACUUGGCUUUCAGAAACGCCUUUUUAUUUGCAAUCAGUAAAACAAUUGCCUUCGGUCAUUGACAAAUACAAAAAACUUUUGGCAAAACAAUUGCAUUCAUGUAAGUUAACAUAUGAAUAAUAAACAUAUAUUAUAGCUUCUUCAAUUUAUUUUGUAAGAUUAUACAUAUUUUAUUUUACUUUAAAAUGCCAUUUCUGUGUUGAAUUUUUGCAAUUUUAAACCGUUCUAAAUAUGGAUUAAUGGAUGGACGCUCUACGUCAAAUGCUGUUUUCCUAUAUCAUAGAUAUUUUUACAAAAUGUUUUGUCCAACAAUUAAAUAUUAUAUAGAACUUUUGAUAUUGUGAUGGAGUAAACUGAUACAAUCAAUAAUCAACUGUAAAAUGGCAAAUGUUUAUAUUCUGUGUAAAGUAAUAAGAAUAUACUCGUAUAUGACUUUUUCAAUGUAAAAAAAUCGGUUAACAAACAAUGAGAACUGUUGUCACAUUUACCUCAUAUGUUUAUCUUUUAUAAAUUUGUAUGUGUGAAAACAUGAUUUUUGAUGAAUUAAAUGAAAAAGAAGAG